AUGAAGAUUGUCUACUCUUCAUCUCUUAUCACCGUUGCCCUCUUGGCUGCUGGUGUGACCAGCGCCAGCGUGUCCGGAUGUGGCAGCGACAUUCCUUCUGCAUUUCCCAACCCAGGUCGAAGCAAGAGCCUACGUCUCCCCAACUUCGAUCGUGAAUACAGGCUACACAUCCCUGCCAACUAUGACAAGAACAAGCCGACUCCGUUGUACUUCUCUUUUCAUGGAGCCACACGGGACAUGAACGAGCAGGAAUCGCUCUCCCAAUUCUCAAAUCCCGAGUUCAAUCCGAACGGCAUUGCCAUCUAUCCCAACGGUAAAAAUGGCCUCUGGCUGUCGAAUCCCAACGCUGACACGUCACGACCCAAUGACUUGGAUUUUGUCAAUGAUCUUCUCACUCACAUGGAGGAGAAACUCUGCAUCGACCCUCGCCGGGUCUACGCCGCCGGCAAGUCCAACGGCGGAGGCUUCACCAGUGUACUCGCCUGCAAUGCCACCGUAGGUCGUCGCUUUGCUGCCUUUGCGGCCGUAAGUGGCGCCUAUUAUGACACGGAUCAGACUCCCGGUGUUGGUCCCUGUGCACCUGCCAAACGCGACGAGGGAUAUCCCUUCCUGGAGUUCCACGGUACUGUUGACGUCACGGCGCCCAUCGAUGGCAACACUGAAAAGCACCCCAAGCUCGCCGUCAUUGAUAUCCUCAAGGGUUGGGCAGAGCGUAAUGGAUGUGGCGCGAAUGCUCAAUGGGCUCGGAAUGAGACUGUAUUCGAGAACCCGUUGGUGAAGCACGCCAGCUGGGAUUGUCAGGGCAAGAACGGCAUUGUGCAGCAUUAUCGCGAAGGAGAGAAUGGGCACUGCUGGCCUUUGACAGUCAGCAACGAUGAUUUUAUCAAUCAGGGAAGCCGUUGUCCAUUGGGCAAGUAUGUAUUCAACGCGACCGAGUACAUCUUUGACUUCUUUGGCCAGUAUCAGCUGAACCCUUAA